AUGCCUUCAAAGCAACUCCCCAAUCUCCUCGUCAUCAUGUCCGACGAGCACGCACCGAUGUACAGCGGUCCCUACGGACACCCUCUCGUCCAAACCCCGCACAUGGAUAGACUCGCUGAAGAGGGUGUUACCUUCACGAAUGCUUACUGCAAUUCACCCCUCUGUAUGCCGUCUCGGAUGUCCUUUAUGACCGGUAGGUACAUCCAUCACAUCGGCGCGUGGGACAACGCGGCACCUCUGCGUCCGGAUGCUGUCACGUGGGCACAUCUCUUACGGUCAGAAGGUUACGAUGUCGUGCUUUCUGGGAAACAGCACUUUGGCGGGAUGGAUCAGCUCCACGGAUUUCGUUCCCAACUCGCCCGAGAUUUACACGCAGAAAGACAGCACGCACUUACAGACUGGGAUAAUGGUACGCCACCAGCAUCGCGUCCAUGGCAGGGGCUCGCACAAGCCGGUCCAGGAACAACAGAGGAGAUCGAGGUGGACGACCUCGCAGAAACAGAGGCUUUGGCGUAUCUCCGAGAUCCAGCACGGCACGAACAGCCGUGGGCACUCAAUGUUUCAUUUAUUGCCCCCCAUUUUCCGUUAGUCGUGCCGCAACGGUUUUGGGACCUCUACCCACUUGAUGAGAUUGAUCUCCCCGACAUUCCAGAGGGACACCUCGAAAACCAACAUCCUGUCUACCAACGGAUGCGGCGCAUGUUCGGUUGUGUUGAUUUCCCUGAAGAACUUAUCCGUCGCGGGCGCGCUGGCUAUUAUGGGCUGAUUACUUAUCUUGAUGAAAAAAUUGGUAGGUUGUUCAAGACCCUUGAGGAAACGGGACAGUUGGAGAAUACGGUUGUCGUCUAUACCAGCGACCACGGUGAGAUGAACGGCGAGCACGGCAUGUGGCGGAAGUCAAAUUUCUAUGAGGCUUCUGCUCGCGUCCCACUACAGAUAGUGUUCCCUGAUCGGUUACCUACAGGCAAGCGUAUUGAUGAAGUCGUCUCACUUGUGGAUUUAACAGCAACGCUUGUUGAUAUUGCGGGUGCUCGGUCCGUAGAUCAAUUGGAUGGGGACAGUUUGUUGCCUUUGAUGCGGGGUGCCGCAAGUGAUUGGAAGGAUUUCGCGUUCUCCGAAUACCUCGCGCACGGGGUUGAACGUCCGAUGGCGAUGCUACGGAAAGGGCAAUACAAAUUCAACUAUAGCCUCGGCGAUGCACCAGAACUUUACGAUAUUGUCGAAGAUCCCAAUGAAUUUCGGAAUCUCGCUGAUGACGAGGCAUAUCAAGCAAUCUGCCAAGAGCUUGAAGCACAAUUGUUAGCGGAAUGGGAUCCUGUUGAAAUCGAAAAACAGGUUCGGGCGAGUCAAAAAGCCCGUAUUCUGGUGGAUCAGUCGUGUGGCUACGCUGGCGAUACCCGCGCGCACACACCUGAUAUUGACCAAUUUGCCACAGAGGGUGCGAAUUUCUGCAACGCUGUCUCCGGUAGCCCGAUGUGUGCUCCGUAUCGUGCCUCGCUCUUCACCGGCAAAUACGCAAGUAGCACCGGUAUGGCGAUUAAUGAGCUCCGCAUGAACCCGAAUCAUGACUGUUUCGGUCAUGUCCUGCAUCGCAACGGUUACCAGACGAGUUACAUCGGGAAAUGGCAUCUGUGGGCAAAUCAAUUAGGGAAGCACAACGAUCCUCAGAAUUCCUACAUCCCCCCAGGGCAACAUCGGCUCGGUUUCGAUGGCGAGUGGUCGGCAUACAAUUUUCAUCACUUGUACUUUGACGCAUAUUAUCAUAAGGACUCGCCUGAAAAAAUCGUGCUUCCCGGUUAUGAGCCGGAUGGUCAAACCGAUUUGGCAAUCGAUUACUUGCAGCGGGCAUCAACGAGCGAUAAUCCGUUCGCGCUUUUUCUCUCGAUUGGGACACCGCACGAUCCAUGGACACAGGACAACGUUCCACCCGCUGAUUAUGAGAUGUUCAAAGACGUUGACUUCCCGUUACCGCCGAACUAUCGCGAUGAGAACGACCCUUACAGCGACACAUGGGCAAUUAUGUCCGCAGCAGAGCGUGCUGCGCUCCCUGAGUGGAUGCGCGUCUAUUACGCGAUGACUGCCAAUCUGGAUUGGAAUAUCGGGCGGUUGCUACAAGCCGUUGAUGAUCUCGGAUUGCGAGACAAUACAAUCUUUGUGUUCACUUCCGAUCAUGGUGAGAUGUUUGGUGCGCAGGGUCGCCGCGCAAAGAACAUCUUUUAUGAAGAAGCGGGUGCGCGUUCCAUUUCUUGUCCGGUGGCAGCGGCAAAUUCCGGAAGGACACGUCUCAGAUGCGUGCUUGAACACACCGGACAUCAUGCCGACGUUGUUGUCUAUGCUAAAUCUGCCGAUUCCAGAGGAUGUUGA